GGGGUUGGGGUGUGGGGGGCAUCUAGCAUUUGUAGAAUAUAUUGUUGGAAAUUUCAUUACUCCCGCGCCUCCUGCCCCGAUAAACAAUUUACAAUCACAUGCAUAGCAAACACUGGCAUACGAGUGUGAGUGACAUUUUCCCCACGUCCCGCCCUUCCUUCCUCACUCCCAAUCAUCAUCAGGCCCCGCCGAAUGACACUCGGAAUUCUGGGCUCCAAUGCCCCUGGAGUUGUGCAAGGCAAAUACUCUGGAUGAAGGUGCAGAAGGACCGAUCUAUGCUGCAGCAGUACGCCUCGAAGUAUGCCUUCGGCUAUCGCAUACGUGACUUCCACACCGGCAACGAUUUUGGCCACAAGCAGAACCGGGACUACCAUGGCGUGACACGCGGUCAAUACCAUAUUCUUCUGCCGGACGGACGCAUCCAGAAUGUGAUUUACCACGCCGACGACACGGGCUUCCAUGCGGACGUCAGCUUCGAGGGCGGGACCAAGCACUGAGUCAGGAUCUGUGCAGAGGAGGGGCCUAAUGUGCAAUCUAUGUUCUAAGCUAGUCCUAAGAACUUCCAUUACAAUCCAAGCUAUAGAGAAACGCCAGUUAAGUGGAGGCUCUCCGACACGAGAAUGAGCCUUUGACAUUGACUCCCUCACGGCUAGUUUUCCUUCCCCUUUUGACUAUUGAUUUUCGCCAAUAAGCGAAAUGGUUGAUUAGUCAGGAGUAAGACGAACAGACCAUUCACCCAACCCAUUGAAUCCAUUCAUAUUCUGAACAUCCCCUGAUGCCCAACCAAUCAAUACGAAACGUCUCUUGAUUGUUGCUAAAAUGUGAAAUUAAAUGUGAAUUAAUUUACAUCUCCGUUACUCGGAGAUUCUCAAAUAAGUUAAGGCCCAUGAAAAAUGUAAUUUAGGUUAAGGAAACCAAUUAAAUACUGAAUACAAGCCAACCCAGGCAAACAAAUGUGCUCAAUCG